ACGGAAUUCCCCAGCGAGGGGUUGUGUGUUGUACAGCUGGACUUCUCCUCCUUGACGUUGCAUUCAUGACGCUGCCUGCCUCCGUGCGCCAACGGUCCCGGUCAGUCUGACUUCAUUGGCCCACCCUUCGGUCCAGGGCUUACUCCUUCGCCAUAUCUGGGGGAUGAAUCUAGCCAUUUGCAUCUAACCGUCACGCACGAUGGCUUCCACCGUCCCCAAUGACGACUAUGUCCUCAGCAGAGACUAUAUCGACGUCUCCCGGCUCAAUCUGCAGCAUCGGCUAUGGACGCAGAUGUUCGGCUAUCUGCUGCACCCGGACAUCGACACCAGCAAGCCCGAUCUGAAAAUCGCUGAUGUCGGCACCGGAACGGGCGCGUGGCUGUCCGACCUGGCGCCGCAUCUCCCGUCAACAGCCCAACUGGACGGCUACGACCUGGACAUCUCCCAGGCCCCCCCGGCCGAGUGGCUGCCGUCCAACAUGCGCCUGCGCACAUGGGACGCCUUCUCCUCCGUCCCCGACGACAUGGUCGGACAGUACGACAUCGUGCAUGCCAAACUGUUCGUGUUCGUCGUGAAAGGCGACCCGACCGUGCUCCUGCGUAACAUGCUGCGCCUACUCAAACCCGGCGGCUACCUCCAAUGGGCCGAAGUAGACGUUCCAGGCAUGAAACUCACCAAAACCAACCCGUCCCUCCCCUCCGAGCACAUGAACCAGCUCUUCAGCAUGACGGCGUCGCAGGACCCGCGUCUCGUCCCCGCCUGGCCGGACCAGCUGCCCGACAUCUUCGCGCGCGAGGGCCUGCAGAAGAUCACGGCGCACCGGGUCUCGGCGGCCCCGCACCUCGAGUACGCCAUGCACCACUGCAAUCUGAUGAUGUAUGACAUGAUUGCGCAGCGGGCGGGGAACGGCGCCAAGGCGAAGGAGAUCAUGGACUUGGUGCCCAAGGCGGCGGCCGAGAGUCGCCGGGGGGCCGUGUUUGCGUUUCCGCGGAUCACGGUGGUCGGGAGGAGGGAGGAGAAGGCGGAGUUGUGAUUUUAGCAUGUAUUCCAGGCUAUGGGCAGGCUAAAUGAGUCCUUUCAUACGGUAGCUAGAUGAAUGAGGAGCUCCAUCGACGAGUACGACAGCAGAUCUAGAAUGUUUCUAGCUGAUGUUAUGUUGACACUGACAUUGACAUCCAAGUACAGAUCCGCUGCCCUACAUCCACUGUCCUAGGCGUAAUUGCUUGAUAUAACCUGACUGGCUUCAGGUACGCAGACAGG